UAUUAUUUAUCGAAGUGUAUAACGAGCUACCUAGCAUUAAAACAACUUAUAAUUCAGUUGAUAGUGUGCCUAUACCACAUAUCUAUUUUGCUCAUAAUUAUAAUUUUACCAUUUUAUGUACUAUGCAAAACCUUAAUAAUGAUUCCGAAGGAUAUCGUGAAUGUAGUGAAUCUAUCAUAGCGCCAAAAUAUAAUCCUAAUAAUAUUUUGUCUUAUUCUGGAGCAUUUUUAUCAGACUACGUAGUAAAUUCUGAUACAGGGCCCACUCUUUUUGAUCUUGAUAUAUUUAUCAUCGAUCCUAUUUUUGCCAUGGUUAUGUCAGCACUUGAUAGUGAAUAUGAUAAUAAUCUUCAAGAUCUUGCUGGUACACCAACUCCAUUUGAAAAUUCCAAUUUUAUUAAAAAUCAAUAUUAUAUAGGCCAACCUCAAAACGAUAGAAUUACAUAUCUUUGGAGUUUCAGUAGAACUAUUAGAAAUAUUAUAAUUCCAAAUAUUUUAAGUUAUUUUGGUAGUCCAAGAUACAUUAGAAUGCCUUAUAUUGAAUCAAAUAUGCAGCUCGUCCCUUUUACGGCCACAAUUUUUAAUGAUAUAACAAAUCGUAAGAAUGCUUCCAUUAGUAUAGCUC